AGGGGAUGAAUAAAAUGAAUGCCUGGAGUAUUUCUAAGGUUUCCUCUGGCUCUAGAUCCUCUGACCCCGAGAUUCUGUGACUUGUCGCUUUUCAGGGGGUACGACCGUUGCCGCCACUUUGUGAUCAGUCAGCUUCAGAACCGGAGGUAUGUGAUCUCUGGUGACAUCUGCAACCACCCCACACUCACUGCCCUCAUCACCUACUACCAGGGAGCAACGAUAGAGCCCUUUGGGGAGAGCCUCACCACCGCCUGCCCUCGGGCCGAGGAGAACAACUUGUACGAUGCCAUCUCUCUGAACUUUCUGCUGGCUCCCCCACCUGAAGCAACCAGCCCCUCCAAGGAGAAGCAAGAAUUGGGGGACUCAGAACAGCUGAGAUCUGCUAAAGACAGCCCUGCUCUGAAGCCCAAGACUUCCUUUGUCCACUCCAAAAAAUCCCUGAAAGAAUGUCCUUGGAAGCUCUCAGAAGGGGACAGUGAUCUCCCAGUAAAAGUGCCUCCUCUGCCUGAGAGAAGUUCCUCCCUUGUGACGGAGUCCCUCAGUAGCAGGUACUUGGGAAACGUCGUAUAUGCAGAGCUGAAGAAGAUGAAUCACAGCCAGCAGAGCCUGAGCCCGGAGGCCUCAGACAUUCCCCAUCAGAGCCCUUCCCCUGGCCAAGAGCACCAGAGAAGGCCCGGCAAUCUAAGUGCAGAAGAAUUGGCUCUGAAGCCCAGGGAUGCCCCCCUCCUCGCUUCUCUGAGUGCCACUAAGCUUCUGGGGGUAAACGGGGAUCCCACCAAGAAAUCUGCCACUGUCCCCCAUUGCCCUGUGUUGGAGCACAGCUCCCCUGUGCCCAUCUCCACUUCUCCUGGGGAUAAGGCAAGCUCCCCAUACCAUCAGGCUUCUCUCAUGACCUGGUGCUCCCCUGAAUCCAGAGGGAGCAGCCAGGGACUCGCCAUCCACGCUGUUCCUCAGCCCUUCAGAGGCUCGGGGCCCAAUAAGUCCAGGGACCCCAGCCCUCCAGGCACCCAUGAACUCAUGCCAAAGGCAAACAACUCCUAUUCUCUGGAAGAUCAGGCCCAGGCCUCAGAAAGCCAUGACUAUGAGCCUGUCCCUGCUAGGUUGCCCAAGUCAGCCUUCCUCCCACUCAAAUCCACCUAUAAUCAGCUGGAGGGCUGUGGAGGCUGGAUGGAUAAUGCUUAUGAGAAGAUCCCAGGAAGCCAGGCAGUGCCCACACCUUCCUUACCAAGUAACCCCUACAAGCGGAUGCCCACCUUGAAGUUCCAGGAGACCAAACAGUUGCACUCACACAAGGAUGAAAAACACCGAAGGUUCUUCUUCACAGACUGGAAGAAUAAACAGUGACGCCAGCGCCCGCUGGCUAUUUCAGCAGCAAAGAGGCCAGAAGAGAGAAGCCUGGGGUUUGAGGAAGGCUCCCCAGGCAGCCAACAGCUGCCCAGAGGGCCCAGAUCCACACUCCGAAGUCCAGCCAACUGGAAAGCUCUGCUUUCCCAGACUCCACCGACUCAGCUUGGACACAAAACUGAAUCCAGGAGCCUAAAAAUAAAACUUGAGGGAGGGAACAAAGCCUGAGGCCUUGGACUUUGCAGAAGAAAUGAAUAUAUGGGGCAGCAGUGGAUAGAGCACUGGCCCUGAAGUCAGGAGGACCUGAGUUCAAAUUUCA